AUGGGAAAAACCAAAAUAUGCCUAAACGCAAAUAUUGCAAAAACGCAAAAAUGGCUAAAUCGUAAAUAUGGCAAAAAGCAAAUAUGGCAAAAACGGAAAUAUGGCAAAAAAGCAAAUAUGGCAAAAAAGUUAAUAUGGCAAAAACGCGAAUGUGGCCAAAACGCAAAUAUGGCAAAACCGCGAAUAUGGCAAAAACGCGAAUAUGGCAAAAACGCGAAUAUGGCAAAAACACAAAUAUGGAAAAAUCGUAAAUAUGGCAAAAACGCAAAUAAGGGAAAAAAUUAUGGCAAAACCGCAAAUAUUGGAAAAACGCAAAUAUGGGAAAAACGCAAAUAUGGGAAAAAUGAUAAACGCAAAUAUGGCGAAAACGCAAAUAUGGCAAAAACACAAAUAUGGCAAAAUCGUAAAUAUGGCAAAAACGCAAAUAUGGGAAAAACGCAAAAAUGGGAAAAGCGCAAAUAUAGCAAAAACGCAACUAUGGCAAAUACGCAACUAUGGCACAAACGCAACUAUGGCAAAAACGCAACUAUGGCCAAAACGCCACUAUGGCAAUAA